GCGCCACUCCUUUUAUAACUACUACAUCAAUUUUGGGCUUAGCCUUAUUUUGCCCCAACCAUACUAACAAAAACCAUGUGGGCCCAAACGGUUCCGACCUAUUUACAAUUUUACCCCUGCAACUCGACCCCACCCCCCUAUAUAUAGCGAACCUUCCUCCUCAUUUCUCAAAAACCCCCAAAAGAAUAAAACCGCUCCGCCAAACACACCCUUAAGAAGAAGAAGAAAAAAAAAACAGUGCCCUCUGCAAUGGCGAAGGGAGGAAAGCUCACCAAAAUUAAGUCGGUCCUGAAGAAAAUGCAGUCGUUCAAGCUCGGCCGCAGCAGCAGCAGCUCCAUCGCCGCCGCCAAUUGCUCCUCCUCCGACGAUGACUCCUUCGUCCCCGCCUCCGCCGCCGCCGCAAAGGACCUCCACCCGGUCUACGUCGGGAAAUCGCGGCGGCGCUACCUCGUAACCUCCGACGUCAUGGAAAAUCAGCUGUUCCGCGAGCUCGUCGAGCGGCGCUCCGGCGACGGCGCCUCGAUCACCGUCGGUUGCGAGGUGGUGCUGUUCGAGCACCUGCUCUGGAUGCUGGAAAACGCCGAUCCCCAGCCGGAGUCGAUGGACGAGCUCGUCGAGUUCUACGCCUGCUGACGGCGACGGCGGCGCGCCGUUAGUUAGUAACUGUCACUGUCAGUAACUGGAAAAGUUAACGGAGUGGUGGUAGUGAUUGCCUGCGGUCAUCCCCAAGAUAUGGUGUAUAGUACUAGUAGUGUAUAUUUUUAUUAAUUUUUAAUUAUUAUUUUUUCCGUAAUUUCAAUAAUGAGAUGAUGAUUAGCGGUGUAGAAUAAAUAUACUUUGAAGAAGGAAGAGAGGAUUAAUUAAUUAACCCAUUCUACACGGCUAAGCUUUAGUUAAUUAAGGAGGAGCUUAAUUAAUGGGUUUUGUACUAAUAUUUUUCAGAGUUUGUAAUUCAUGUUUAUUCAUAUUAUUUCCCAAAUUAUUCAAUUUUUAGUUGUAUUAAUUACUACUAAAAAUAUUUUCUCA